AUGUCCUUGCGUACAUAUGGCAAAGAUGAAACUUCAUUUUCAACAUGCGAUGAUAACCGGCUAAGUGGCGCCGAGCCCCUAGCAUAUGAAUCGACUCAAUACGGAAACAAUAGCUGGAUUCCGGGACAGCUCUCCGUAGAGGAACUUUGCAAUCUAGUUACUAUACCCAAGACACUUGUUAUUUUCUUUCCCGAGGUCCCGGAACUUGCUACAGAAGACACUCAGAAGCUCUCAGGACGAUUCAAGGUCCCUUUAGUCUUCUGGAAGUCCUUAUCGGAAGCUGCAAGUGGUUUCUUUGGGUGUCAAGAAACAAGAGACUCUAAUGGAGCGUUGGAACAUUUUAGCUGCCAAUUUCGAUUUCUUAUCAAAGAACCUGUCAAACAAAAUCCACGACUGUUUUAUCCACAAGAUGGUAUAUCCUACGGCUGGCAUAAACUAGCGUUCUUCACAUAUUGGACACCCUCAAAUACAACUCUCAUUCUAUGCUUUGGGCUCCCGCGGUGUAUGCGGCAAUCAAUACUGCUAUCUCACCCCCCAAGCCUUGGGAAUCCUUUCUGGUUCCACGUCGUAUUGAUCGAAAAUAUCAUUGAUCUCUAUGAUAAGACAGUAUGGGCAUGGCGUGAUCUUGUGAGAGGUCUUGAGCAGAAUCGCACCUGUCCUGAAGAUCCGCGACCAGAUUAUAUCAACAUGCAUGAGAUUGCUCGACAUGUGCUUCAUUCCUCCGAGACUAUAGCGAUGGCUAUAGAAACAAUGACAGAUAUUACUCAAGAACACAAAUUGUUCUACAAAGAGAACGAGUCACUUUCACCAGCAACAAGGGUAGCUUCCAGACAAACUAGCAUGGCUUUCCGCUCACAGGUUUCAAUACUCAAGUGUUUAAGCUUAAGAUCAAAAGCCCUUGAAGAACGGCUGAAGAACGAGAUCAAUCUAGUUGCAUUCAACACUGUUGCUCAGCACGACAGUCGCAUAGCCGUGCGUAUCGGAGAAUCUACACAAGUAGACAGUGCAUCCAUGAAGACCAUCUCAAUCCUAGGACUUGUAUUCCUGCCCGGGACGUUCAUUUGCGCAUUAUUCAGCACCAGCUUUUUCAACUUCUCGCCGGCAACCAGUACCGAGCCACAGCAUUGGAGAGUUUCUGAGCAGUUCUGGGUUUAUUGGGCUGUGGCGCUUCCUCUUACGCUAGUAACGGUCGCUGGUGUGCUCUUUUGGCAACGUGUAUAUACCAAGGAAACGCUGAAUCGCCGGUGA